AUGGACCUUGGAACGGGAGAUGGAUGGAUGACUGACCCGGACGUCAAACUCUUCAACUCGAACAGGUUCGCUGGAGAGAUCAAACAGCUAGACACCAAUGACGGAACAUUGAUCACUCCAGAACAAUACAACGACUUCAUCUCCUUCCAGACACAAAUUGCCAACGCGCAUGUCGAUUUCGGCUAA